UUUGAACCGAUAUAUUCGUGAACAUGGCUCUUGCGAGAGAGCGAACCAACUAAAGCAGGUUUACGCGUAGGUUACAUGACCAGCUGCGGUAAAGCCAGCAUAAGAGCUCCGAGCGACUACACAUUCACGGUCGAACGGGUUUCUUGCUGAAGACGAUCUUACUGUCUCAUGGAUACACGGUAAGUAUAAAAGCCACCACCAAACGAAAUCAACAUAAUUUGCCAACGGUAGCCGACACAUAUAGCUCUCUACAAUAGCCACAAGGAUACUACAUGCCGGCUCAUGUCAAUAGCGUUCAACCUCGCCUGUCAUAUCAGUAUGAUGGCGAGCUUAUAACCCAUACGAUGAUUAGAAGCUGGUGUGGGAUUCUUAUCCAACCCCCGAUUAUUCAAAACAAUACAAAUGUUUCUCUGUUCUCUCGGGAACGCGCCAACUUCCGAGAAGAGCUUUGGUCCGGUGGCAGCGAAUAGUCCACGGAAACUUGGAAUAUCGGAGUGUGCUGUGGUAUGAUAGCCUUGGUAAUCUCGGUGAUUGAAUCCUGCAUUGUCCUGUGG